AUGGCGACCGAUCAGGAGCUUAAAAUCUCGCGAAUGACCAAACGGUCAGUAAACAAGAAAAUAUUCAGUCGACCGAGCUACAAACUCCGUGAAUUUGUGCUUACUCCGUUUCACAUAAAGUAUUUUGAAGUCAGUGGUGGGAACCGUGGAAAAGAAAAGGGCCGAGUUCUUCUCUCCAACGUCAAGUAUGUUGAAAAGGUCUUGGAUGAUGAUUUAGAUGGCAAAAAGAAUGUCCUACAGGUCGCCUACGUUGAGGACUCAAGUUCAACCAACUGGUUUCUGCUGUACAUAGUGGCGCCUUCGCUAAUAGAACGAGAUGAUUGGAUAAGUCUUAUUAGAUUUUAUACACGAGAACGGGGUGCCUGCUUCCUACCGCGUUACCAUCCUGGUGUGUGGCGUCGACCUGGCCGGUAUAGUUGUUGCGAUGACAUCAAUCGUCGUUCCCAUGGUUGUCAACACACCUUUGAUUCUUCAACGAACACAGAAGCAGCUGAACCCCACCGCCUAUCCUCUUAUCCUGGUUGUCCUCCUCCUGUCACUUCAACAGAGAUCCAGACACCUCCCGUUUCCCCUCUUGGUGGACAGCAGUCGGUCGCUGUUAUGUCUUCACCGCCUCAGCAGCCACAACAGCCCGCUCCCCAACAAACGGGGAAAUUAAUUAUAGCGACUUCUCCCGCCCCGCCCCCCAAUCCCAUGAACAUAUUCACCCAACAGCAAGUGCUUUUUCAGCAGCAACAGCAACAACAGCAACUCUUGUUGGCUCAGCAACAAAAACUAAACGUGAUUGCUACACAACCUCAUUUACAUCAACAUCAACUAAGCACUCGGAGACCCAUAAGGCUGCCACAAUCCCCUGGCGGACAGUCUUUUGAUUGGGUAAGCAGCCAAAGUGAAUUUCCGUUGCUGUGGUUUCUCUCCCAGCCUGCGUUGAUUAAUGAAGAAAACGAGAAGACUGUGAUUGCUGUUCACAACUACAAUCCCGUACGCGAAAACCAAUUGCCCCUACAGAAGGGUGAGAAGUACUAUGUUGUGAACGAUAGCAACGCUCAGUGGUGGUACGUUCGCAAUGUGGCUGGCCAAUCUGGCUAUGUUCCUACCAACUACAUACACAAACCAAAUAGCCUCAACUCGUUCGAUUGGUAUUACAAGGACAUCACUCGCCAGCAAGCAGAGGCGAUUCUUCUGGAGGAAAAUCGUGAGGGCUGCUUUCUCGUUCGCGACUCUGUGAGCAAGAAAAACACCUACACGCUCUCAGUCACCUCAAAGGAUCCUGACGUAUCAGGUAAGUUGCGGGUGCACCACUAUCAUAUUCAUCGAAACGAUGGUGGCACAAAUCUCUCCAACGGCCAUUCAAACGGCGCCGGUGUUGUGUCCAACGGAGGAAACACCAACGGCAAUGUUUCAGCCACGCAAGUAAACGGAGGCACCACAGGUUCUGCCGGUGGUGGUGGUGGUGAGGCACAAUUUUACCUCUCAGAGAAGCACGCUUUCCCGACGAUAAGCGAAGUAAUCCACUACCACAAACACAACUCAGGCGGACUGGUUGUGCGCCUUCGUUCUCCCCCUGUUAAGGAUCGCGAGAGUCCGGUCACCGCUGGAAUGGGUCUCGAUGAAUUUGAGUUGGACCCUGCGGAGCUGCAGAUCGAUCGAGACCCAAUUGGGAAAGGCCAAUUCGGGGUUGUGAAACGUGGAAAAUUCCGGAACAUUCCAGUAGCUGUGAAGCAGAUGGUUGAAAAUGCAAUGAACGAAGAAGACUUUAUUGAGGAGGCGAAAAAUAUGCGGUUUCUUAAUCACCCCAAUCUCGUCCAGCUGUUUGGCGUUGUUUUGAAGAAGAGACCUAUUAUGAUUAUCACGGAGUACAUGAAAUAUGGUUCGCUCCGUGAUUUUCUGCGUCAGCGGCAGUCCCAAUUUUGUAACCGUCCGGUUGUACUGGCCGACAUAUGUGCUCAAGUGGGCAAUGGCAUGGCCUAUUUAGAAAGGGAACAGUUUGUCCACCGCGACCUGGCAGCCCGAAACUGUCUGGUCAAAUCAGUCUCGCGGAACUCGGUGGUUGUUAAAGUUGCCGAUUUCGGGAUGGCCCGCUUCCUGCUAGACAAUGUCUAUGAACCAAGUGCUGGGACCAAAUUCCCCGUGCGCUGGGCUGCACCAGAAGUCUUCCAAUCAGUCUACACAGACAAAGCUGAUGUCUGGAGUUUUGGUGUUCUUAUGUGGGAGGUGUUCACGUACUGCAUGGAAAACCCCUACCACGGAAUGAAUAAUUCUCAAGUUUACCAGUUUAUCGUUGGCGGAGGACGGUUACACAAACCAGCAAUCUGCCCCGAUCGAAUUUACGUUCUCAUGCUAGAGUGCUGGCAGCACGAUCGCAACAAACGUCCGGCCUUUGAGUAUAUCUGUCAGAAAAUCGGUGAUUACUUGGACCAAAAUUGCGAAAACUGA